AUGAAAGCGCUCCUACCUCAUUUUUCUAAUAAAGAGCUCCGAGAAGGGCCCUUCCUCUUCAGACUGGCCGAUCUCCAUCCUAGCAACAUACUCGUUGACAGUGAUUGGAAUAUCAAAUUUGUGAUUGAUCUUGAAUGGGUAUGUUCACUACCUGCGGAGACGUUGCACCCUCCAUACUGGUUGACCGGCUGUUCAGUCGAUGAACUAACAGAGGAGCAUCUUGAAACCUUUAGUAAGGCCUACGAAGAGUUUGUUGGUGUUUUUGAGGAGGAAGAAAAACAGACUCCUCCUAUCAACAAUGACCAUUCUUAUAGGACAAAUCUUAUGAGAAAUGAUUGGCAAGUCGGAAACUUUUGGUAUUUCCAUGCUUUGGACAGUCCGAAAGGUCUAUUCAACCUCUUCUCUCAACGUAUUUACCCCCUUUUUGCACCUUCUUAUCAGUCAAAAGACGAUUUUGCACGGGUUGUGUCGGACUUCUGGGCUCCUGAUGUUGAAAAAGUGCUCACUGCAAAGCUCCAUGAUAAGGAGGAGUAUGAAAAGUCGCUUCGCCAAAGGUUUGAGGAUGCUGUUGCUAGUAACGAAGAUCAGAAUUCGGAGCAUUAG